UUGGCGCUUUCUUAAGGCAGUUGUUAACUGGCCGUGGUACUCCACGGACAUGGAAGAAGCCGGCUACAUACAAAUGUAGCGUUUAAAAUAUAUCCCAGAUUUAGGAGAGUCAUGCAAUUUCUCUUACGUAAAAGCAAAACCUUGUAGGUUUUGGGGAUAAAUGCCGUAUAUAUAUAUAUAUAUCGUUUAUGCCCCUCUUAGUUUUCAGCACUUAGUUUCUGGAAGAUAAAAACUUUUAUAAACGCGUAUCUAGAUUUUUUGUUAUCAGAAGCUGAAGGUGUUGUUCGGAUAAAGUCUUCAAUAUUGUAAGAAAGAGGAUGCAGUUUACGAAGAACAACUGCGUGGAGAUUUUCCAUAGUGACGACGUUUCGGGCUCCAUGUUGAAGAAUACUUCAGGCUUGGUGUCCGGAUGAAGAAAUCCAUCAUUAUAUAGUUCGAAACGUCACCAGUGUCAAAUCUUUCAAGAGCUUAUUUUGAAUUGAAGCAUCAUGCAGUGCUUGCGGGGAUCACGUGGGAUAAUGGUUCUUCUCUUCUACAUUCUAUGUUUGUGGACAGAGGUCUCAGCCAUGUGCCCCAUGCGAUGUAAGUGUGACGAUCAAAGUCUACGAGUUUUAUGUGCUAAUGCCAACCUAGACGUAGUCCCCAUUACCUUGAAUCCAGAACUUCGUGAACUUAUUCUAAACAACAAUCACAUUAAAGGUAUAAUGUCCUCCUUUAGUGUAUACCAUAACUUGGAAUACCUGGAUGUCUCACACAAUCAGUUGGUAGAUCUGGGAGAAUACAAUUUCAAAAUGCAGGGUCGUCUAGAAUUUCUUCUAUUAAGUAGUAACAUGAUCUCUUCAGUUCACAACCACUCUUUUGUUGGUCUACAGCAGCUGAAAGUGCUGCAUUUAAAUGAGAAUUUUCUAGAAGACGUACCGUCAAGAGCGUUUGUGCAUUUGCCUAACUUAGAAACACUAGAUCUCUCACGAAAUAGAAUAAUCUCCAUUUCGGAAGACGCCUUUGAGGGACUCGAAAACAUCCGUGGUCUGUUGCUAAGAGAUAACAAACUUAAUCGCAUUCCAUCUGCUGCAUUUCAGAACGUUCCUACGUUGUUAAAACUAGACUUUGGGUUGAAUACAAUACGAGAAGUUUCGGAAGGAGCAUUUGCUUUCCUCAGACAGCUAGAAGAGUUAUCUCUAGACGGAUGUGGUCUUCGGACAAUAGAUAUUAAAGGAUUUCAGCAGUUAAGCUCUCUUCUUGUCCUAAAACUUCACGAUAAUGAACUUCAAGAGAUUCCCACAUCAGCACUGCGUAAUGUCAAUCGUUUAGAAGAACUUAAUAUAGGCCAAAAUAAGUUUAAAGAACUUAAGCCUCGUUCCUUCCAAAAGCUUAAAUAUCUUAGAAUAAUCCAAAUCAAUGGCUCUCCAAUGUUUACCAGCAUUCGUAAAGAUUCUUUGUUUGACAACAUUAAUUUACAGAAAUUUAUUAUAGCUCAUAACAAAAAUUUAAAUCAUAUUGACUCGCAUACCUUUGAUGGUCUUCCCAAUUUGAGAUACGUAAGCUUUCGUGGAAAUGCUUUUACUACAUUUAAUUACGACUUACUUCCUUGGGACGAGUUGACUGUUCUGGACGUUAGGGACAAUCCGUUGGCUUGCGACUGUAAGCUGUUGUGGCUGUGGAAAUUAUUAAGAAACAAAAAUUUUUCCAGUGAUGCUCCAAGUAAUGUUGUGGAAGUCCACUGCACAAGCCCCCCUGGAUUAAAAAAUAUGCUGCUUACAAAAGUUACGGAAGAAGAUCUCGGGUGUUAUAUAGAAAAUAGAAGACAACAAAUGAUUAUCGGUAUUAUAGUAGCUGCUGCGAUAGCAGUUGGUGGUCUUGUUUUGCUGGGUUUCCGUUACAGAGAGAAGCUUGCUGUGGCUCUUAAGAAUAAGUGGACCUCUCGAAGAAAGGAACCUCAGUACCAGAAAACAACCUGCGUGGAAGACGAAAGUACAGUGCUACAAACAACAGCUCAGCAGUCGCUAAAAAUGACACCAGUCACAGAACUGUAGACUCACUAACUGACAAGGACAAAUAAAAUCACUACUCUCAUUCUAGAUGUUCAGUAUAAGUCAUUGUAACUUUGUAUCGGUUAAACUUGCACAUCAGGUUAUUGAUGCCGCUUUAUCUUCUAUAUUGUGAUAACAUUACUAUCUUUCAAGUUAAUGAACUUAUGAUUUCUCUGUUACAACUGGAAACAUUCAUAUUUACGAUGUGAAGGACAGUAUUAUAACCUGUGCUGUAGAUGUUGGAUUAGGACAAAACGGUUUUUGUAAUGUGAAACAAACAAAUGAAAAUAUUGUGUUUGGCUUGUGAAAAAGAUCUCAAAUCUGAAGUUAAAAGUCCCGAAUAAAAAUGAUUCUUGAACAUUAACGCAUCUAUAUAUUAUAAACCAGAGUGUAUACGAAUAGUUAAAAGGAGAUAUUAAUAUUUAAAUUAAUUACUCGAAUUAUUCUCUGUGUUAUAUUGUAAACCAAUCAUGUAUCGGUGUUAUAAAAAUGUGUUUAGACUUAUAAAUGGAAGAGCUCAUAAAAAAAAAGUUUACGUUAAACUGGCACUGUGAUGAGGCUAUUCUGAGGUCUCUUUAUUGUUCGAUCUAAGUACAUUUUGUCUCUGUUGAUGUAUAUAAACAUAAAACUGGUCACAAUCUUAAGUAUAGAUUUGUAUUACUGAAAGUAUAAUUAUUGUGAUAUCUGUUGCUGUCAUCUUUGUAUUAUGUAUUGAAAAUUAUCGUUUAAACAUUAGAAGCAGAUUUAGCAACAAUUUCAAUUUAUUUUGGGUAAUCAUAAGAAUAAUAUUGCUAAAAAAAUAUGUUACUCUUUUUUAAUAUUUUGUCACCUAAACAAAAUGUAUAGUACUUCUGCUGUUCAUGUUACGUAAAUAAAAUUAUUACAUGUUUUAUCAAAGCAAGUUUUACGUUUAAUGGAUAUGUUUUAUUGAGUAAUUAUCUGUUUUCACCGAAAAGGCAACUUUUUUAGGUUGUAAAAAUCUAAAUGUUAUUUUCCUACGAUUUCAAAACUACAUUUAAAUGUUAAUCAUAAAUAAACGUUACGUCAUAGAUGAACCUCUAGCAGAAUUUAAAGUGUCAAAUAUAUGGCUUAUGAGCAUCUUUUAACACUUUAUUAACGUA